AUGCACCGCCGCAGGGAAGUUUUGGUUGAACCUGAGCCAUCCACGGGUCCGGAGCCGUGGGUGCACCACGAGCCAUCCUACGUCCGGGCCGAGCAUUCCCGGCGCUCCGACACAUCGCAUGUGAACUCCGAGCCCUCGGUCCGGCCAGCGCGGUCCCGGGCGUCGAGUGCAGCGAGUGCCGAUGACCUGCUGGUGGAUUUGGAGCCGGAGCUUCUGAGAGGGGUGCCCCUGCAUUUCUGCUUCAGGCGUCUUGGAAGAGAAUGGAAGCAGGUGCUUGGGGCCGAAUCGUUAAAGUGGAGGCCGCACCUGACUCGACAGACCAGCAAGUUCAAGUAUUUCUUUAGCCAUGAUUGGGCAACAUCGCGAUGGUUGAAGUACUUGACUUUGUUGGUUUUCUUCAACUCCUGGCCUGCAGCAUUCAUUUCCCUGGCUCUGGGCCUUCUGAUUGGUCUUCUGAAAGUGGUGGGAAGGCUGAGUGACCCGCAGGGGUGGGAAAACUUGGAGUCAGGGUGGUGGGUUCUUCUCCAGCAUUUUGUGGCAAUGCUGGUUCUCGCCUUCUGGCAGCACCUGCGCAGCUUGAUCUGUGGGAGCCGACUUGCUUUCCUUGAUCGUCUAUGCAUACCCCAGCAUGAUGAGGAGAUCAAGAAUAGAUGCAUCUAUGGGCUGGCUUCGUUCCUGAAUCACUCCGAGAAUUUGGUAGUGCUGUGGUCCCCGAAGUACUGCAGUCGGCUGUGGUGCAUGUAUGAGAUGGCUGCAUUCCUGGUGAAAAAGAAGCAGUCGAACCGGAUACACUUCCUACCCGUGCAAAUGUCCGUCCUUUGGUUCCUUUGCUAUGUGAAUGUGGCCAGCUGUGUGCUCACGGCCAACGUGCUGCAGCGGUUGGGCCCAAAGGUUUUCGACUGGACACAGCCUGAAGGGCUGACGGGUAUCAUGCUGGUGGCAAUCUGUCAGAUCUGGCUCGUAUACCCCCUCCUCUUCUACCUGAUGACAGACAUGCUCCAUGACAUGGCCCAGUUGCCAAGGCAGCUACAAAACUUCGAGCUCGAGAAGGCCCAGUGCUUCUGCUGCACGAACAAUCAUAUCCAUCCAGUAACAGGAGAUCCACUAGCUUGCGACCGAGAACUCAUCUACAGUGUUUUGCAGCGGUGGUCAGGAAUGCGUAAUGCUGGGCUCCGGGAGUAUCAGGAUGAGGAAGACGUGGAGGAGCUUCAAGAGGUCUUCGGCUCCCACAUACAACAGCACCUCACGCCUGCUGUGGAGAAAACUUUCACCAGCAGUGCUUUCCUGAUGCGCCCCUUUGUGUCCGCCGCAAUUGCCGCUUUCUGUCCGUUCUUGUCCGACUUCAUCUCUCAUGAGUUCUUCAGGCUGUUCGAAACAUCCUUCAGAGGAACUGCUAUCCAGAAUGCAGGAUUCCCGGUGUACUUCUUUUUUGCGCCGCUAUGCUUGCAACGGAUCAUCUUGCUAGUGGGGCAAGUUGGUGCACGGCGUUGGCAGCCGUCACGAUGCAGUCGCGUUUGCGUAGUUGUAUGCCAAGUGUUGGUAUUUUCAUGUUUUGCUUUCGCUAUCGCAACAGGAUUUGCAGCAUUUGCUAGCGUGGGAGGCAAGAAGAUCUUGGCAUACAAAGGAAGGUCCAUGUUACCAUUCAUACCAACUGGCGUGUUGAUGAUCUGGGGCAUAUACUUGCUUCGACCUGGUCAGUGGCUCCGUGCUUCAGACCUAAUCGGUGGCAGCCCGAAGAGACCUCGCAAGCAGGCAGAAACCCGAAAGGAGAGGUCGGAUGGCGAGUUGGUGCCUUUUGGUGGGACCCAAUCUGAAGGCUCACACUUCUCAAUCUGA